AUUCUCCUAUGCCUUCAAGUUUCUGAUCACCCUUCUCUUCUUCUUUCCAUGAUCCCUAGAUUCUACUGUACCUGACCAUGACCAUACGCCUCAAGCUAAUAUUCUUACUUCUCUUUAUGUCUGUAAUCAUUUUAUAUUUAUCUCACUUUCUCUUUCAUAAACCACCCUCAUCCUCCUCCCCUUCUGCCUCUCAGAAACAGCAUUCUGUGCAUGUCCUUGUUGUCUCUUCUUGGAGAUCUGGCUCCUCUUUCCUUGGACAGAUCUUUAACCACCACAGUGACGUCUUUUACCUCUUCGAGCCUGGACAUCACACCUGGAUGAAGUUCCAACAAGAGAGCGCAGAGCUGCUGCAUUAUCCUGUGAGAGAUCUCCUGCGUUCCCUCUUCACCUGCGAUGUAUCAGCCCUCCAGCAGUAUCUUCCCAAUGGUGGGAGGCGCAUUGGUGAUAUGAAGUUCUUUGCAGAAAGUCGGGCUCUCUGUACCCCUCCAGCUUGCUCAGCCUUUAUCCCCUCUGAAGGCUAUGAUCGCCUCAACUGUUUCCAACGUUGUAGAAAUUCAUCCCUUCAUAAAAUGGCUGAGACGUGUCGGACAUACAGUCAUGUGGUGAUGAAAACUGUUCGGAUCCUGGAUCUUUCUGUCCUUCUCCCCCUUUUUCGAGACCCAGCCCUUGAUCUGCGGAUUCUUCAUCUUGUGAGAGACCCUCGAGCCGUUGCCUUGUCAAGGAAAUCCUUCUCUCUUCGAAUUGAGGACAAGAUAGUUCUAAAGAAUGAAAUAAAUGAUAUGAAAACUAAUAUAAUGACAAGUAAGGUCAUGGAAAAGAUUUGUAGGUCCCAGGUGGCCAUUAAUAAACUGUCCAGAACAUCUCAGGUCUUACGUGGGCGCUAUAUGGCUAUACGUCAUGAGGACUUGACCAGCAAACCGAUCAAAAGUCUACAGCAAAUUUACAAGUUCUCUGGACUGCCUUUAACUAAAGAGCUGAAACGAUGGAUUCAUAAUAUCACCCAUGAGGAGGUUGGAGAGAAAAAUAGUUUCAUGACCUUCUCAAAAGUGUCCUCAGUGGCUAACCAAAGGUGGAGAACUGCUAUGGACUUUGACUCGGUGAAGCAGAUUCAACAGAGUUGCAAGGAGGCGAUGAACGUGUUUGGUUACCUGCCGGCGAGAUCCAAGAGCGAGCAGAAAAAUAUAACUGUUCACUUGAUGAGGAACUAAACAAUUGGGUAUGAGAGACUU